CCAUCUACUUUCCGCUGCGAAGAACCAUGUCUGGACAACAACAGUGGAAUUCGAAGAGUGAAGAUGGCGACCUUCAACAGAGUCGCUCGCAAGGUGCUGCAAAAGUCGCCGAACGAUGUCGUUUUGCUUUCAGCCGUACGAUCUCCCAUUAAUCGCAGCUUCAAGGGUGGCUACAAAGAUGCCCACCCUGAAGAUAUUUUGAUGCCGGUAAUGCAAGCUGCGGUACAGCGAGCGAAAAUCGAGCCCAAAGAUGUCAACGAUGCCAUGAUUGGGAAUGUAUUGGCCGAAUUGGGUUUCGCAAAGACGGGGCGGAUGGCUCUGAACCAUGCUGGAUUUCCCAACUCCACCACAUUCCACACCGUCAAUCGACAAUGUUCGAGCAGUCUGCAAGCCAUAACACACGUUUCCCACGCCAUAAUGGUGGGUCAAAUUGACGUUGGCCUGGCUGGUGGCGUAGAAAGCAUGUCGAGAAAUUAUGGUUCGCGCGGUGUUCCCACAGAUGUAUCUCCCACUCUAUUAGGUUCCACUGUAAAGGACGCGCGCGACUGUCUCAUGCCCAUGGGAAUCACGUCUGAGAAUGUGGCCAAAAGGUACAACGUAGACCGCAAGUCACAAGACGAAUACGCAGUUCGCAGUCACGCGCGAGCAAGCCAGGCCCAGAAGGAUGGCCGGUUCGAUUGGGAGAUUGUGCCCGUCAAAGUUCCGCGCAUGGACGAGGCAUCAGGGCAGCUCACUGGCUAUGAAGUCACAAUAGACGAUGGCAUUCGGCAUGGCCUGACUUUCGAGAAAGUGUCAACGUUGAAACCGGUAUUCGGGGAGGACGGCAAAAGCACAGCCGGUAACUCAUCACAAAUAUCGGACGGCGCUUCCUCGACAAUCCUCGCUAGGCGUUCCUGGGCAGAAGAGCGUGGAUUGAAGCCGCUGGGCCGCUUCAUUGGAACACAGAUCAGCGGAUGUGCGCCCGAUGAGAUGGGCAUCGGACCCAUCUACGCGAUUCCCGCGCUGCUCAGGUACACUGGCACUGAUUUGAAGGACAUUGACAUAAUCGAACUGAACGAGGCUUUUGCCAGCCAGACGCUUGCGUGUAUUCGCUCUCUGGGUCUGGAUGAAGACAAGGUCAACCCCAACGGUGGAGCAAUUGCCCUGGGACAUCCCACUGGUGCCACAGGUGCCCGUCAGACAGCAACACUCUUUGCUGAGUUACUGAGGCAAGACAAAGAGUUGGGCAUUGUGAGUAUGUGCGCCUCCACGGGCCAGGGUGUCGCAUCGCUCUUCGUUCGGGAGUCAUAG